AUGGGUGCUGACACGAGUACAAGACGCUACAAGGUCAUGGAGCUAUGCAACAUCAUUCUCGUUGAAUCUGUCGAUGAAAUCUAUCAGAACCUGCUUUAUGCAUCAUCCACAGAUCUUGCAGCACGAACGAAGGAAGACAAGUUUGAUUUCGAUGACAACUUUCUUCUUGAAUGGGCUCAGCUAUCAAUUCGCUUUGCUCUAAGGGUGUGGACGUUCAUUGACACUGCCUUUGAUGAAGCGGACAUUGACGUGCGAACGGGCGAGAUGGAGAGUACAGCAAGUUCUCUGUAUCGGAACUCCACCACCUCCACCGGUCAAUCAAAUCGCAAGAAGCACGACCAUCGAGCUGAUAUUUUCCUCAAGAUAGCGUAG